AUGCAUUUUCACACUUUAGUCAAUAGGGAGGAAGUGUGUGCAUCUGGAAAACUCUCUUUGACAUCACUUGCAUGGGACUCUCUGAAGGCCACCAGAAUUGAUUUCCUCCAAGAAGAGAAUGCCCGUCUCCAUCAUACCAGCGAUUACAAAAACAACAAGCUGAUUGUGAGACGCGGGCAGGCAUUUCAGCUGAACGUGACAUUUAGCAGGGAGCUGAAAGCCAAUGACAACGUCACACUGGAGUUCAGCUUUGGUGAAGAUCCAAAGCCACCCAAUGGGACACUUUUAUCCUUGGACGCAAGGUCAGGACAGGAUGAUCAUUUCUGGCAUGCCAACAUCCUUAAGACAGAUAAGACGGAGUGCCUUAUCUCCGUGACGAGUCCGGCAGAUGCAAUGAUUGGAAAAUACUGUCUGAAUCUGGAAAUUGGGCCUAAUGUUUAUCCUGCAGGGAAACAGGUUUAUGUUUUGUUCAACCCUUGGAGUAAAGCGGAUUCUGUUUUCAUGACUAAUGAUGAUCAAAGAGCUGAAUAUGUCCUCAAUGAUACCGGAUAUCAAUAUUCUGGAGCAUCCUUAGAACAUAUAUUGGAAAAACCUUGGAACUUUGGGCAGUUUGAGGAAAACAUCCUGGAUUGCUGCAUGGACCUUUUGGACCGGAGCCAGCUGAAGCCGAUUCUUCGAAGAGAACCUGUGUACAUCUCCAGGACCAUGUCAGCACUGGUUAACUCUGAUGAUGAACAUGGAGUGCUAGUUGUAAGCUGGGCAGGACACUAUCCUGACGGUACUCCUCCUCUGGCCUGGACAGGAAGUGUCCCAAUUUUGCAACAGUAUUACAGAACCCAAAGAAGUGUCCGUUAUGGCCAGUGCUGGGUUUUCUCCGGCGUGCUUACCACAAUCAUGCGCUGCCUGGGGAUUCCAGCCAGAAGUGUGACCACCUUCGAAUGCGCUCGUGAUACCGGGACAAAUAUAAAUAUCGAUAGAUACUUCAAUGAAAAGGGGAGAAUGAUGCCCAUAUCAGACCCUGUUUGGAACUUCCAUGUCUGGAAUGACAUUUGGAUGAAAAGGCUGGACUUGCCAAAGGGUUUUGAUGGCUGGCAGGCUAUUGACGGCACACCUCUGGAAGAGAGCCAAGGACUUCUGCAGUGUGGCCCUGCUCCAUUAAAAGCAAUCAAAAAGGGAGAAGUCUAUCUUCCGUACGACACCAUGUUCGUGUUUUCUGAAGUGAAUGCAGACAAGAUCUACUGGUUUGUGACAAAUGUGAAUGGGAAACUCAAAUACGUCAAGAAAUCUGUAGACACCAAGGCAAUAGGAAAGUUAAUCAUCACGAAAGCUGUUGGAAAGAAUGAACGUGAAGAUAUCACAGAUCAAUACAAAUUUCCAGAAGGCUCUCUAGAGGAAAGGAGAGCUAUGAGAAAUGCUUUAUCUUACUUACGCAAAUCCCGUUCGCAAUCUGGGGCAGCAGCAGCACCUCUCCACGAGCUCCGCAAGGCUGACCUUGAGCUUGGGGUGGAAGAGGUAAAAACCAUGUCACCAGGACAACCCAUUGAUCUGAACAUUGUGCUAAAGAGCAAGACUACUAGUGCAUGGACAGUUGACCUCUCUGCCUCUUGCCACCUGGAGUCAUAUACAGGACAACUAGGAACUAGGCUUAUGAGCCUGCAGCAGACUGUCCAAACAGAAGGCAAACCAGUUAUUCAGAUCCCCCUGAAAGUAGCGGCUGAUGUUUACGUAAAUGCGUUGGUUUCAACCGAGGAUGAACUUCUGGUCAAAGUCACUCUUUUUGCAGAGGUUCAAGAAACCAAGGAGAAUUUCGUAAAACAGGUGACCUUUGCCUUCCAGUACCCACCUAUCACCGUGGAGGUGCCAGAAACUACAAAAAUUAAUGAAAGUUUUAACUGUGAAUUUACUUUCAAGAAUACACUGUCCAUUCCCUUGGAAAACUGCAAACUGCACGUAGAAGGCCUGGGCAUUUUUCCUGUGACCACAUUUGAUCAAGGAGAUAUACCACCUGGUAAAGUCUUUAAAUCCGAAGUCGUGUGUGCUCCAAGGAAGGCUGGGGAGAAAAAGAUAGUGGCCAAGCUGAACUCCAACCAAGUAAAAGGAAUAACCAAGGAAAAGUUUAUUAGCAUCACUGAAUAAGGAGCAUUUCCAGAUAACCAUCAGGUGAUGUUGGUAAGGUGUGUGCCACAAACAAAUCUUACUGACACUGCCUGCAACCUUGAUUAUGGGUCAAAAGAUGAGAGACCCAGACAGAAAUGUUAAGCUAAUUAAUUUGCUUAAGGGUAGCUGUUUGGGUUCCAGUUAAUAGACAUUUAAUAGAGAUUACUGAAGUUUGCCCUUGCAUGUGCAGAGAUUUAAGAGCUUAUGAUGGAUAAGAAUGUGUUUUGUGGAAUUUGGAAUGGGCCAAAUGCAGGUGGCUUUGGGGGAAAGAUGGCUAUUUUCCUCUUGCAAGCAAUUUCGGGAUUUGUGCCUAACAGCAUUAGCCGAUGCUUGCCUUUUGGGGCGACGUAAUGUUGGCUUUGCCAGCAGUUAAUUCUGUCACUUUCUGAGCACUUACCAUUCGCAGGUCUA